GCUGACAAGAGUGAAAUUGAAUUAUUCUUGUGUAGUGGGAUCGUUCAUGGAGCUGAGAUCGCACCUCCUGUGGCUUCUUUCUCGACAACGCUAACGGCAAAUAAGGCCGUAACUCAAGAAGUGAAUGAUGUGGAGCAAUAUGAAAUGCAAAACGGUGGUGUUCUUGAUAACAACAAGGUUGAUCAUAAGAAAGGGAAGGCUAUACAAUUAGGAUCCCUUUCUUACGAUGAGCAAUUUGAGGCAUCUGCUAGCGAUCCUUAUGGCAACAUUGAAUCUUAUCCUGGAUCCUCUCCACUAUCAAAUGGUUUGCUAGACCCUGAUUCUUUGAUCUACGAAGACGACGAUUACUAUUCUGAUCAAUAUGGCUAUGAAAUGGACGAGGAGCUGGAGCAAGAGCAAGAAACUGAUGAGUACUCCAUGUAUCAAGACAUGUUUGACUCUAAGGAUAUCCCAACUGGCGUGGAGGUGUCAAUGGAUUGGUUUCCAAAUUCGGAUGACAAGGAAACAGCUAAACCAAGUGGGAGCAGCAAAUCUUCUCGUGAAGAACAUGGGAUCAAACCAGAUUCUCCCAACAGAAGUCCCAAGAAGGCAACGAAGAUAAGUGGAAUCCAAUAUCAGCAUUCAGAUUUGCCAACUCCUGUCGCUCAACCAUGGAAUGCUUUACCGCACAACUCUCAAGGAGUCAUACCGUCCUCUGCUUAUGCAUUGCCACAGAAACAUAAGACUGCGAAACCUGUGUAUUAUUUUCAGCCUCAGACUCCAGACACUGUGAUGGGGGAGGCUCCGGUUGCUGCUCCAGGUCCUUCUGGUUUAUCGCUUCCGGGACCAAAAAAACCAUUCAAUGUUAAAGGUUUUGUUAGUUCUCGGCCUAGAGUGGAAGAGGUUAUUUCAGCUCCGGAUUCUUCCAGAGUUAAGAAAAAUAUGGAGGAUUAUCUUGGGAAGUUUCUGUUUUUCAAAAGAUUUGACAUAGUCGACGAUUUUGAGGAUCACCAUUAUGCUUCUAUGGGAAACACUUCGAAACAGCAUUCAAAGGAAUGGGCUAAAAGGAUCCAAGAAGAAUGGAGAAUUCUUGAGAAUGAUUUGCCAGAGAUGAUUUUUGUCAGAGCUUAUGAAUCUAGGAUGGAUCUUCUGAGGGCUGUAAUCAUUGGAGCCAAAGGAACUCCCUACCAUGACGGUCUGUUCUUUUUCGAUAUCUUCUUCCCGGAUACAUACCCUUCUGUGCCACCGGUCGUUCAUUACCAAUCUGGUGGGCUGAGAAUCAACCCGAAUCUGUACAAUUGUGGGAAAGUGUGCCUGAGUCUUCUAGGCACUUGGUCUGGAUCCCAGAGGGAGAAGUGGAUCCCCAACAAUUCUACAAUGUUACAGGUUCUUGUCUCAAUCCAAGGUCUAAUCUUGAAUGAAAAACCUUACUUCAACGAGCCAGGCUACGAGAGGUCAGCGGGUACUCCCCAUGGUGAGAAGAUGUCUAAAGAUUACAGCGAAAAGACAUUCUUACUUUCUUUGAAGACGAUGGUUUACAACUUGAGGAGACCACCCAAGUUUUUUGAAGACUUUUCGUAUGGGCAUUUCUUCAGCUGUGCUCACGACGUGUUGAAGGCGUGUAAUGCUUAUAGAAACGGAGCUCCAGUGGGAUCUGUGGUGAAGGGAGCAGCUGUUGAAGAAGAUGUAGAAGAGAGUAGCGAGAGCAGCUCCAAGAUGUUUAGGACAGAUGUGGCUACCUUUGUGGAGACGGUUCUGCUCAAGGAGUUUAUUCUUCUAGGCGUCCUUGGUCUCGAACCGGAAGAAGAAGAAGACAAACCCUCGGAGACUAACGUUGCAGAAAGCAGCAACAGUAACAGAAGCAGAGUUUCUUCAAGUUGAGCUCCACUGCUUCUUCUUUUUUUCUUUUCUUUUUUCUUCUUUUCCAAUCUAUGAAUAACCAGAACAGAUGAGUUAGUUUAUCCCUUUCUAAUUAUCAAGGAUCCUCUCUUUUUUUUUUUCUUCUUUUUUUAUAUGACAUAAGACUAUUGAGAGAGCUGAGAGAGAAGUUACUCUCAUAUGUACAGUUGCUUUUAUCAGAUUAUUAUUAGAGUUUAUAGAGGAGAUCUUUAAAAACA